AUGGAUCACGACCAGCUCUCCUACGCCGCGGCUGCCGGACUGGCUGUUGCGUCUAUCACCACCCUUCCUGCUCUCUCCGCCAUUGUCUCCCAAAUCCGCUCCCGAGCUCCCAAGGACAAUUUUUACGAGGACCAGGAUGGUGUCGCUACCCCCGAGUCUAUCGCGGCCUUCUCCAACAAGGCCAGCAAAUUUGUCGUGACUUUUCUGGCUGCAUCCACUGCUGCGUUGUCUAUUGCUGUCGCCGUCUUGAACUCAACUGCUUCUUCCCAUGGUAGCUUAUUUCUGUCCACCUGGCUCACUACCAGUGCUUGGAUUCUAGUCUUGUUGCAAGCCGCUUGUUUGUCUGCUCACCACAACUUCAUUCAAGUUUAUAACAUCGGCCUCGGCAUUUUCCUCGCUUCACUUGUCAACAUCAUCGUCGCAACCGCCGAAGCCAAUCAUGUCGGUCAAUAUAGAUCCCUCCAGCACGAUGUCACCCUCAUCCUGCGCCUCUGCACUCUUGCUUCAGCCGGUCUUCUCGCCAUCGCCUCUACGCUUAUCCCUCGCCGCCCCGAUGUCUUUUACCACGACGAGCCUGUCGACCGCAACUUCAGCGUCAAUGCCCUGAGCAGAUUCACCUGGGGCUGGGGCCGUAAGACACUCGACCUUGGAGGCAAAAAGGGUGACCUGAAGCAGACCGAUGUUCCCCGCCCCCCCAGCUACGCUAGAUCUAAGUCUCUCGUUGAAUCCUGGGAGAGCUUCAAGUUUGGUGCUGGUCUGCUUCGCAACCUCGUCCGCGUCUACGGCUGGCGCUUUGCCAUCCAGUGGACUGGUACCCUCUUUCGUGUCGCCGUCGGCAUGAUUCCCUACUUGAUUCUCCUAAGGCUCAUCCAGAAGCUCGAAGUCACUCCCCGGGAUGAAAUGAAGUUUGGUGAUUUCUGGCUUCACAUUGUUGGUCUCGGACUUUGUGGUAUCAGUGAGCAGUGGCUUGAUGGCUACCUGAACUGGUAUGCCAUUGUAGGCAUGGGUAUCCCUAUGUCUGCUCAGCUUUCCGCUCUUGUCUUCGAAAAGUCUCUCCGACGCAAGAACGUCAAGACUGCCGAGAAAAACCGUGACACUGACGUGGAAGCCAAAAAGAACAGCAACGACGAUAACAACAAGGAUAAUCAGGACAACAAACAGGAUACUAAAGACAACGAGGAGGACAAGGACGAAAAGACGGACGAAACCGUUCUUCGCUCGCGACAAGCCAUUGUGAACCUGGUCGGUGUUGACUCGAGACGCAUUGCCGAUUUCCUUGCCAUGCAUUUCAUCAUCAUCAACGCCAUUUCAAAGCUCAUCCUUUACUCCGUCUUCCUCAUCCGGCUCAUCGGCUACCAACCAUACUUGGCUGGUGUCAUCGCCUGGGCCAUUGUCUUACCAAUCAACAUGUAUGCCUCAAAGAUCUAUCUCAAGCAGGAGGACAAGCUCAUGAAGAUUCGAGACGAGAAGCUCGCCAUGAUAAAUGAGGCUCUCCUUGGUAUUCGGCAGAUCAAAUUUUCUGCUCUCGAGAAGGAGUGGUCCGCACGUAUCAUGGCCAAGCGCGCAAAGGAGCUCGGCACGAUUCGAUACGUUUUCGCCAUUGAUCUUAUUCUCUUCACUUGCUGGAUUGUCAGCCCCAUCCUACUCGCUGUCGUCUCGCUCGCUGUAUAUGCUAUUCAGAAUGGAGCUAUCAAACCCUCUACCGCAUUUGUUGCUAUUGGCAUCUUCAAGAGUCUAGAAAUGAGUCUCUCUGUUCUUCCUGAAUUCAUUGGCUAUGGUCUCGACACCCUCAUCUCCAUCCGCCGACUUGGCAAGUACCUCGAGGGUCCAGAAAUGACCGACAUCAUCACACGCGGUCCCGAUGCGGCUCUCGACGAUGCGUCUAUUGCUUGGCCCGUCGACGAGGAGGUUCCCGAAGAUGAGCGAUUUGUCCUCCGCAACCUGAACCUCUCAUUCCCCCAGGGUGAGCUUUCUGUCAUUUCUGGUAAAACUGGUACCGGCAAGAGUCUUUUGCUUUCGUCUCUCAUUGGUGAAGUCGAUCUACUUGCCGGCAAGGUCAUCAUGCCUCGUGUACCACCUCUGGCCGAGCGCAACGACACCAAGGCCCACAAAGGCAAUUGGAUCCUUCCGGGCACUGUUGCGUACGUCAGCCAGAACCCGUGGCUUGAGAAUGCCACCCUCCGUGACAAUAUUACCUUCGGUUUGCCAUUCGAUGAGGAGCGUUACAACACUGUCAUUGAGGUCUGCGCUCUGCGCAAAGAUCUUGAUAUUCUCGAGGACGGUGACAAGACUGAGCUGGGUGCUAACGGUAUUAACCUGAGCGGUGGCCAGAAGUGGCGUGUCACUCUCGCUCGUUCCAUCUACUCACGUGCCGAACUUUUGCUCCUAGACGACAUCUUCAGUGCUGUCGAUGCCCACGUUGGCCGACAAAUCUUCGAAAAAUGCAUUGCUGGUCCCAUUUGCCAGGGGCGUACCCGUAUCCUUGUCACUCAUCAUGUCGCCCUGGUUGAGUCCAAGGCCAAAUACCUGGCUGAGCUUGGUGAGGGUACAGUCCUUCACUCUGGUCUCACCAGUGACCUCGCUGAAGAUGGCACACUCUAUAAAAUUCGCAGUCAUACUCAAACCGAGGCCGAGAUCGAGGCCGACGAGGCUACCAACGCCGAGACCAUGGUCAAUUCCGAAGAGACUUCCGACAUUGAGAAUGAGUUGCAAAGGGUUCCUUCCAAAUCUGCCAAGAAGUUUGUCGAAGACGAAAAAAUCGAAAAGGGCUCUGUCAAACGCCACGUCUAUGCCACCUACAUCAAUGCCAGUGGCGGACUUCCAUUCUGGAUUGGUUGCGCUUUCUUCUACGUUGCCUACGAAGCUGGCAAUGUUGGUCGCAACUGGUGGCUGCAGAUCUGGACUGGACAAGCCGUCAAGACACCCGCCCAUAACUCGACGAUAUCCAUCAAUACUUAUUCCUCUCAUGGGAGCGCUAGCAUGUUCUCGCUGCAGCACGGUAGCUUUCAUGCUGCUGCUGCACCUGUUACUGAUAACGACCAACACUUGGGCUUUUACCUCGGCAUCUACGCCGCUAUUGCUUUGGCGAGCGGCGUCGUUGGUUCCAUGCGUAUGCUGUGGGCUUUCACCAUGAGUCUCAAAGCUAGCCACAAGCUAUUUGAACAAAUUCUUUUCACCGUUGUCCGCACACCCCUGAGAUGGCUCGAUACUGUUCCCGUUGGCAGAGUUCUCAACCGCAUGACUGCUGAUUUCGAUAUCAUCGACACCCGUCUGAGCUUUAGCAUUAGUUUUUUCAUUGGUCGAUGUCUUGCUAUUAUUGCUGUCUGUGCCGCGUCGACUUUGGUCACUCCACUUGUUCUGCCUCUGGCACUCCUGCUCAUCAUGGGCGCUGGUGUCAUUGGAAAGAAGUACAUGGAUGGUGCCCGACCUAUGAAGCGUCUCGAGAGCAACUCCAAAUCUCCCGUCUUUGAGCUGUUCAAUACCACGCUCGCCGGCGUUUCCACACUGCGAGCUUUCCAAAAGAACACGGACUAUGUCAAGCGCAUGCACUACCACCUCGAUACCUGGAAUACUAACAAGGUCCACUUUUGGAUUUUCAACCGUUGGAUGGGUAUCAGAAUGGCAGCCAUUGGUACCAUCUUCACUACUUGCGUCGGUGUCAUCAUCAUCCUCACUAAGACCAACGCUGCCAUGGCUGGCUUUGCAAUGUCCUUUGCGCUCGAUUUUGCCAACACGAUCCUUUUCGCUAUUCGAGCCUACGCUAGUUUGGAGCUUGACAUGAAUGCUGCCGAGCGUGUCGUUGAGUACUCGGAGCUGAAGAUGGAGCAGCAGGACGGUGUAGAGCCCCCUGCUGCCUGGCCCACUUCUGGCACUAUCGAGAUGAAGGACGUCGUUGUCGGUUAUGCAGAUGACCUACCUGCCGUUCUCAAGGGCGUUUCUUUCGUCGUCAAGAAUAAUGAGCGUGUUGGUGUCAUUGGCCGUACUGGCGCUGGCAAGUCCUCCAUGACCCUUGCUCUGUUCCGUUUCCUGGAAGCGCGCUCCGGCUCCAUCAUCAUUGACGGGAUCGACAUUUCCACUAUUGAUCUUCACAGCCUGCGCUCGCGCCUCGCCAUUAUUCCUCAAGAUCCCGUUCUUUUCUCCGGAACCGUUCGCUCCAAUCUUGAUCCUUUUGAGACGUAUAGUGACGACGAGCUCCGCGAAUGUCUCCAGCGUGUUCAUCUCGUUGAUUCCUUGCCCGCCACUCCCGCCAACGAGCCUGCGUCGUCUUCCAACUCUACCGUCGCGCCGCAAAACACCAACAUUUUCCGGGAUCUCAACAGCGGCAUCUCCGAGUCGGGCGGCAACUUGUCCCAGGGUCAGCGCCAGCUGCUCUGCAUUGCUCGCGCCAUUGUCUCCCGCCCAAAAAUCAUGGUCCUCGACGAGGCCACGUCGGCCGUUGACAUGGCUACGGAUGCGCUUAUCCAGCGCAGCAUCCGCGAGGAGUUUGAUAACAGCACUCUGCUUGUCAUUGCGCAUCGUCUGAGUACUAUUGCCGACUUUGACAAGAUUCUUGUCCUCAGCGAAGGCGCCGUCGCCGAGUACGGUAGUCCCAAAGAACUUUGGGAGACGGAGGGCAGCAUCUUCCGCGACAUGUGCGAGCACAGUGGUGAGAAGGAUAAGCUGGAGGCUACCAUUCUCGGCAAGCAGUAG